AUGACCCGAAGUUUGGACAAUUUAAGUGCAGGGGCCAGAGAAGAAAGUCGGGUCAGUUUAACUUGCUGCUCUGCCAGGUUUACUCAUCUCUGCGCAGAAAUGAGACUGUGGCCUACAACUUUCGAGCUCCUGUCGUGUGGGCGGAGUCAGGGCAACAUGGCGGGGAGCGCAGCGCAGAUCGGACUGGCCGAGAAGCUGCAGGGUCUCAACGGACUCUUUGCAAUUCACAAAAAGAAAGGCCCUACUUCAGCAGACGUGCUGAAUCUCCUGAAGUCUAAGCUUUUGGAAGAAGCUGGCAUUAAACAACAUCCAAAGAAAAGAAAGAAACAAGUUCUGAAAAUGGGUCAUGGAGGAACCCUUGAUAGCGCAGCAUCAGGAGUACUUGUGGUUGGAAUUGGAAAAGGGACCAAAAUGCUCAGUGGAAUGUUGUCAGGCUCUAAGAAAUACACAACUGUUGGAGAAUUUGGAAAGGCAACAGACACAUUUGAUGCCAUAGGAAUGGUGACAGAAGAGCAAUCAUAUGAUCACAUAACGAAAGAUGAUCUGGAAAGGACUCUGAAGAAAUUUACAGGAAGCAUUAUGCAGACUCCACCAUUAUAUUCUGCUUUGAAACAGAAUGGGCAAAGGCUUUCUUGUUUGGUGAAGAAAGGAGAAGCUGUAGAAUCUAAACCUGCUAGAUGUGUAAUGGUGUAUGAUCUUUCUGUACAGGAUUACAGUCCUCCUCACUUUACUCUUGAUAUUGAAUGUGGAGGUGGCUUUUACGUUCGUAGUUUGGUGAAUGACCUUGGCAAAGAGCUUUCUUCCUGUGCCUUUAUUAAAGAGUUGAUCAGAACCAAACAGGGACCUUUUACAUUGGAUGAACAUGCACUUCAAGAGGAGAAGUGGACAAUCAGUGAAGUAGUGAAAGCCAUUGAGAACUGCAGACAGUUGGUCACAAAUGAAGGAGGUUACAAGAAAUUAAAGAGUGAAAUCUCUGAACAGGAAAAAGAAAUCGAUUGAUUUCUCGAUAGGUGAACAAAGACUUGUGACUAUACAGUGCCUUUGUCUGGGUGUCCUGAGGCACUUCACAGCGAUGUUUAGAAAGGCAUGAAGUGACUCCAUGCAGGAGAUUCAGCACAUCUGCCUUUCACAAACCAAUGUAUGGUGACCAAAUACUGUUGAUGUUUGAAUAACUGUUGGUCAGAGCACUAUAAUUUGAAUUUUACUGGAGUAAUCUUGUGUAUCUCAACACAUUCAGAGCUUUAAACAGUUUUCAAUAAGAAUGUAAUCACUGAAAAUUAGAACUGUUAACUUCCAUUGUUGUCCAAUUAAGCUGCCACCACCUUAUGCACACCACAACUGUGCUAUUGUAUAGAGUAAUCCAGUCAACGUCCUCGCAACUUUGUUUUACUGACAUUUUAAUGAUGCAUAGAUUUUCUCCUGAUGAAAGAUGUUAAUAAUGUUUGUAUAAUUAGGAAGUAGCUCAUAAAAGAUUCAGCACACAUUCUUUCAUCAAAGCUGAUCUAAUAAAUGGGUAUGGUUUUUU